AUGAAGAAUGGACAGAAACCGAUUGUGGACGAACUGCGAGAGCAGAUCCUCAAACUUCGUUUUCCACAUCGCGUUCUGAAUAAAGAGGCUACUCCCAAGAUGAAGAGGAAGAAUGUCAGCCAUCCAUCACCAUCCAAGUCUCCAUCCGCGCCUGCUGCUAAGCCGGCGCUGUCUGACAGGCCCUGUGUGGUGGUCCUCAGUAAGCCUCUGGAGAAGCUGCUCAUAAGGUAUGAAAAGAUGCCGUUGGACUUCAGGACUCCUUUUAUUUUCAACAUGGAGAACUUUCCACUGCUUUCCAGCAGCGCUGUUCCUCUGAGCAUGGCAGCAAACCGGACCGCAUCAUCCACGCUGGCGUCCCUGUCCCGAUAUUUUCUGCACCAGCGCUGGGUGUGGGCAGUACAAAGCAGCCAUGGUGUUGCUGUUACCAUGCAGGCCAUCGCUCACAUUCUGUCCAUGCUUUCUGAGAUUCGUCUUUCAGAGGGCUUCCAUUUUGCUGCCAGUGGAGAGGGCAUCGUGAACUUGGUGAUUGAGCUGCCAAUGAAGGGUAUGUCAGGGGACAUGAAGAGAGAGAGUCACUCCUGUAUUGUUCAGUACAUCCUUUUCCCACCUCACUCCACUGCCACAAAAGACAGGUAAGGCCUGCAGGAGCCAUCUU